UACCAUACGAGCCAGCCUCAAUCACGCCUAUAGUUCUGUGCUUCUAUACGUGUCUAUCUUCUUUGCUACCACUGCCAAGUGCCAAGUGUUAAAUUAGUAGUUCAGGUGGGUGAACGAUGGGGAGCGCGUCCAUCGCAUAAGUAUAGCAGUGGCCAAAUUACUGAUAAUCUGACAGACAAAAUAUACUAAGACUUUGCUAUCUUCAUUGUGCCGGCAGAAAAGUGAUUUUUUUAUGAAAUUCGUCGUAGCCGAAACCUCGACACCUGCAUUGUUCUUGAAGCAAACCUUACAGGUUAUAAUAAUUAUUGUCUUGUGCCGUGGUUGAAUUGAAUUUUGGUGCAACGUGUGGAGUAAUUUGUACUAGUUGCAUUAAGGAAAUUAAUCUUUGCAAUGGAUUACAAUGACAUCGUUGAUAUAGAAUCAGGCAAUGGAACUACUAGUGACUUUAAUUCUUUGCUUAAAAAUGAAGAAAUUGAUAUUGAUGAUUCUCAUGAUUCUGACAUAGAAAUAGUAGAUAUUCGUAAAAACAUCAAGAUUGCAAAUAAAAUCAACAAAGACUGCAUACGUAGGCUGCGAAUGAGAAUUAGAGAAAAAAUUCGCCUGAAACAUGCAGCUUUGGCUACCAAAUCUUCUUCGAAGGAAAUUAUAGACUUGAGCGAUGAUUCUAAUUAUUCAAAUGAAAUUCCAAUUUUGAAAAAAAGUAAUAGGAAAAAGUUACAAGAUGAUUCCUUAAAAGAAAUCACUUUAAAUUGCCCUAGAUGUAAUAAACUGGAUAAGGUUUUUUGUACCACAGUUACAGCUAUGUGUCCAGAUUGCAAUAUUGAUAUGUAUUUUAUAUGUAAUGAUUGCAAUUUGAAAUAUGAUUCAAUGGUUGCUUUGUAUAGGCAUCAAAAGUGGCAAUGUGAAAAUUUGAAAAAUUUGAGUAAACAAAAACAGGUGAUGAGAUCAUUGUUAAUUUGCAAAUGCCUCACAUGUGAAGAACUUAUUAUGGCGGAGCCAAAACGUUCAUCUAAGAGGCUUUAUUGUUCAAAAUGCAAAGUCAGACUAUCAUUUGAAUGUAAAAUUUGUGGUAAAGCAUACAUAUCAUAUUCAGGAGCUUAUAAGCAUCUUCGCAAAAAAUGUCAACCACAAGAAAAAGUAUAUUAUUGUGAUAGUUGUAGCUACAAGACCAUUUGCAAUAUAAAUUUCACUCACCAUAUCAGAAAUGAACAUUCUGAUCAAAUUGAUUCCAGUGAACUAACUAGCAAAGAUGCAACUGAUAUAAGUCAUUAUAAAACAUUCAAUUCAAACUCAUCUGAAACAGAUGUCCAAUUACUAAAAAUGCGUAAAAUGUAUUGCCAAAAAUGCAGGGUGAUGCAUGACUAUGAAAAAAGAAUGAAAAAAUGUCCUAAUUGUAAAGGAUCGCUGCUUUACAAAUGUGGUCAUUGUUUAAAAGAAUUUCCACGUCAAUCACCAUUAUACAGACAUGUGCGAAGAACACAUGGAGAAAUGAAAUAUGUGUGUGAUGUGUGUUUUAAGAAAUAUUCGUUUCUUGGAGACCUCAAUGAGCAUGUAAAGCGAUGUGGAAAGAAACCAAAUUUUUCUUGCAACUAUUGCAGCUUUCAAACUCGAUAUCAUUACAAUUUAAAGCAGCACAUAGAUAAACUUCAUAAUAUUGCACGUAAAAAACACUCUUGUCCAGACUGCAAUGUUACCUAUAAAUCUCAUCUUACUAUUAUGAAGCAUUUAACUAUGGGGUGUAAAUCAAAGUAAUUACAUGAAUGCUUAGUAUGGAAAUUAGUAUUUUAAAGUUGAAUAUUAUUUUGUUUUUUAAUUUUAUGUACAUAGUGUGCCUAAAUAAUUUAGGAUUGUUCUGGAGAUUAGAUUUUAAUAACAAAGUGUACUGUUUGAGUGUCAUUAAAAGUUUAAAUUAAGUGACACUAUGACAAUGUUCA